AUGAGGACGGGACAACUGGCAGUGGGACUCCUGGCUGGGAGUCUGUGCAUUUGGCUGACGAAUGCGGCAACCAGCACCACCGCGACAACAAGCUCCGGCACGAGUACCACUGUUGCGGCCACCACCACGACAUCGGCGGCUACGACAACUACAACCGAGGCUACGACCUCGACAACAAGUACAACGGCAUCUACGGUUCACCGCAAAAGAGUCCGUAUAAGCAAUCUGAGAUUUUCGUCAAACAGGAGGAUCCGGGCCUACAGGCGCACUACUGCUAGAAGCACUAUCAACAGAAGCCGUUUGCUCAGAAGAAGGGUCCUUGCGAGGGUGCAGAAUCGUAUUCGUUCACGGUCGAUGCCCAGAAUCAUAAAAAGGCGGCGUAAUCGGGGAUAA